UCGUCCCACCUCCCUCUCUCCCAGUUAAGACGCUCCAAACUUUCGGAGCGCACCGCGGAAAACUCUCCAAACAGUCUCCAGCUUCAGGACUUCAGCACCGAGUCAAAGAAAACAGGAAAAAAGUUUCAGACAGAAAAGAAGUUGACUGCAGCCGAGGAGAGCGUCGGGGAAUGGCGAAGAGGCAGAAUGGUCCUCCAGCCGAGCGGCACAUGUGAGCCAAGAGGCCACCGGUAACUUUUUUUAUUUAUUUAUUUUAUUUUUAAAAAGGAGACGGUGACAAGGCAGCGAGAGAAGAGAGCAUACAAGAGAGACAUAAAAGUCUCCUAGAGCUGACUGUCAGAAGUGUCCUGUCACCUCGACACGAUGUUCUGCCUGCCGGGAUUCAGCUGGAUCUUCCUGAGCGCUCUCCUGCACACUGUGGCACCCUGGGGCGCACAUCAACCGGAGAGACCGAAGCAGUGCGACGCACCAAAGUCGCAAAGUGACAUGAACUCUUUCCUGUGGAGAAUAAAGCGAGCUCCUCCUCAUCCACCUUCAUACUUAUUUGGUACCAUCCACGUGCCUUACACUCGAGUAUGGGACUUCAUCCCAGACAGGUCUAAGCAGGCUUUCCAUAGCAGCCACAAUGUUUUCUUUGAGCUGGACCUGACCGACUCUCUCACCAUCCUCAAGCUGACCAGUUGCCAGCUGCUGCCCCACGGGGAAAACCUGCAGACUCUGCUACCUCGAGACCUGUACCGGCGCCUCAAACGCCACCUGGACUAUGUCAAACACAUGAUGCCUUACUGGAUGACCGCUGACCAGCGUAGGCGCGGUCUGUAUGCUGACUACCUGUUUAAUGCCAUUGCGGGAAACUGGGAAAGGAAAAGGCCUGUCUGGGUGAUGCUGAUGGUCAACUCGUUGACAGAGUGGGACGUCCGAUCCAGGGGGACGCCUGUGCUAGAUCUGUUCUUGGCUCAAGAGGCUGAGAGGAUGGGAAAGAUGACGGGGGCCGUGGAGCGUGUGGAGGAGCAGUGUCAUCCCCUCAACGGGCUCAACUUCUCUCAGGUGCUGUUUGCCUUGAACCAGACGCUGCUGCAGCACGAGGGCGUCCGAGCAGGCAGCCUGCAGGGCUCCUACACCACUGAAGACCUCAUUACCCACUACAACUGUGGUGAUCUCAGCUCCAUUAUUUUCAACCAUGACACCUCACAGCUGCCUCACUUCAUCAACAGCUCCCUGCCAGCUCAUGACCGCACGACGGCCCUGCAGAUUGACAGCUACUUCCGCCAGGAGCUCAUCUACAAACGCAACGAGCGAAUGGCCCGCCGUGUGUCCGCCUUGCUGCAGAGAAACCCCAACCAGACAUACUUCUUUGCUUUCGGUGCAGGUCACUUCCUGGGGAAUCACAGUGUGCUGGACAUCCUGAGGCAGGAGGGCUACGAGAUCGUCCACAUGCCCCCUGAUCACAAAGAGCCGGUCACAGACAAACCAUCUGAAGAGCCUGCAGCCGGGUCCAGUGAGGAGGCCACUGACACAUCUUCCACCAGUCCACCAGAGACAGAGGAAGAGCUGGAGGACCCAGAGAACAUGCCCGGCCUUGGAGAUGAGGAGCUGCCACACAUGCUGCUCCCCGACAGCCUGAGCCAGCUGGAGGAAUUCGGAAGACACAAACGGCCUCGCAAAGGCCAUCGCGGCCAUGGCAGACCUCGUCUCUUCAGUGACCUGUGGGUCCGCAUUGGAGAUAGCACUACUUCACCAACCAAUGUGAGGAUAAUCAAUGGCUACCUGACAGUCGAGCCUCCACUGACCCAUGAAGAGCAGCACAGACAGAUUGAUAACUACGCCACAGAGCGACAUCCCAGUUCGUCCGCCUCCACUCCGCCUAAUCUGAGCUCAGCCCCACCGGCCUUAGUCCACAGCACACUCACGCUGUCUUGUAUUUUAGCCUGGCUGUUAUCACACAUACUGUUCACCUCCUGACCACAAGGCGACAUUAUCUCACAGACAAACACUCAAGACACCACUGCGUCCACACCAGAGCAGUGGAAUGUCCCUGAUACACAAGGAAUGACCAUCAGCCAGCACACGGAGAAAAGGGAUGGGGGACACGACGUCCUGAGGCAGGACAAUCCUGCUGUCGGCCUCCACCUACAGGGGAGGGAUCAGCUCCAGCCUGCCGAAAUGCCAAGUCUUGUCACGUCUCAUAUGUGUGGAAUAAGCUCUCAGCCAUGAAACAAGCAACAAGUGGACUGUGUUGGACGUUGGAGUCUUCAAACCUCAUGAAAGUAUUAUGGUAGAAUAAAUAAUAAAAACACAUAGCAUAAUGAAGACCUGUAAUUUUAAAGCGUUUGUGUGGUGGAACUUUCUACCUAAUAAAAGCUGUAAUACUGUAUAGAAGACUUUAAUAAUGAGAAUAGAACAUACUAAUAACAGUUAUGUGAUAAACGAGUUGAAUGCAUACAGUCAGGCAGUACUGUGUAGGAGGUGAAGCACUCAGUUGCCACUUUUGUAAAUUGUGCAUUUUGUUCAUAAAAAAAAAUAUUGUAUAUUUAUUAA